UUUUCUCUGUCAUUGUUAAGAAUCAGUCAAAGACAAUCUUCCCUUUUAGGACACCGCAUUGAGGAAAUCCCUGAGGUCCCACUGGUGGUUGAAGACAAAGUUGAGGGCUACAAGAAGACCAAGGAGGCAGUGCUGCUGCUGAAGAAGCUCAAAGCCUGGAAUGACAUUAAGAAGGUCUAUGCCUCUCAGCGUAUGCGUGCCGGUAAGGGUAAGAUGAGGAAUCGCAGACGUAUCCAGCGCAGAGGGCCGUGCAUUAUCUAUAACCAAGAUGCUGGCUUAACCAAAGCCUUCAGAAAUAUCCCCGGCAUCACUCUGCUGAACGUGAACAAACUGAACCUUUUGAGGCUCGCUCCCGGUGGUCACGUUGGACGGUUCUGCAUCUGGACCGAGAGUGCUUUCCGCAAGCUGGAUGACCUGUACGGCACAUGGCGCAAGGCUGCCUCCCUGAAGGUUGACUACAACCUGCCAAUGCACAAGAUGACCAAUACAGACCUGACCAGGAUUCUGAAGAGUGAGGAGAUCCAGAAAGCACUUCGUGCACCCAACAAGAAGCUCAACCGCAGAAUUCUGAAGAAGAAUCCUCUGAAGAAUUUGAACAUAAUGCUCAAACUGAAUCCUUACGCCAAGACAGCAAGACGUCAUGCCAUCCUCAAGCAUGACCCUGCGAUUAAGGCCAAGAUGCUGAAACCCAAGAAGAGGCCCGGAAAGAAGGGUGCACCUGCUAAGCCCAAGGCAUAAACCAAUACAUACAGACUGGAGUUCAGUGAUGAAUAAAUCAGUUGUUUCAAA